UGGUGCUUGUGGGCGGGAACUUGGAGACAAACUUCACUCCUUUUUUCGGAUUCAUGCCAGCACUUUCACUAUAGGAGAGACAAAAUGACCCAGGGAGACAAGCACGACUUUUAAUACACAUUUACGGACGCCAUGUCACAGAUUUUAAGUCGUGUUUGUAUUUUUUAUUUUUCGACAGUUUGCUGCGUUUCCGCCUAGAAAAACGUCCCGCUGCGGCAACACUUCCUGCAUGAGGGAAAUAUCGCUUCCUUCUUCAAACGCUUCAUGGGGCGCUCAAGUUCUACAAUAAAGUAGGAAACGAAAGCGUCUACAAAAGAUCGUCCUUCCUUUUCCUAGCGCCUAAUAAAGUCAUUCCUGCUCAGGGAUGACCGCCAGCACCCCCAGCUACCUGUGGUCCCUACAGGACGUCCUGGGUCAGGGGGCCACAGCCUGUGUCUACAAGGCUCGAAACAAGAGGUCGGGCGAGUUGGUCGCUGUCAAGGUGUUCAACGUGGCGAGCUACAACCGCACUCACGAGGUCCAGAUGAGGGAGUUUGAAAUGCUCAGGAAGCUCAAGCACAGGAACAUCGUAAGGCUGUACGACGUGGAGGAGUUGCCCUCCAAGCAGAAGGUGCUGGUGAUGGAAUAUUGCUCUGGAAGAAGUCUGCUCUGCUUGCUUGAGGAGCCAGAAAAUGCCUUUGGCCUGCCUGAGACCGAGUUCCUCACUGUCUUGCAAUGUGUCGUGCAGGGAAUGAACCACCUGAGAGAGAACGGUGUGGUCCAUCGAGACAUUAAACCAGGCAACAUCAUGCGUCUGACCGGGGAGGACGGCAGGUCCGUCUAUAAGCUGACAGACUUUGGAGCGGCACGAGAUUUGGAGGAUGACGAGACGUUUUUGUCCAUAUAUGGAACUGAAGAAUAUCUGCACCCAGACAUGUAUGAGCGUGCGGUGCUCCGUAAGCCUCACCAGAAGUCCUACGGAGUGAGCGUGGACCUGUGGAGCGUGGGUGUAACAUUUUACCACGCCGCCACUGGGAGUCUCCCUUUUGUGCCAUACGGAGGGCCCCGCAGGGACAAGCAAACCAUGUUCAAAAUCACCACAGAGAAACCUACAGGAGCCAUUUGCGGAAUACAGCGGGUGGAGAACGGACCGAUCGAGUGGAGUUCACAUCUACCUCAGAGCUGCCAGCUGUCAGAGGGUCUGAGGAUGUUGACCGUUCCCGUACUCGCCGGUAUACUCGAGGCAGACCAGGAGAGAUGUUGGGGCUUUGACCAGUUCUUCAUCGCCACAACAGACAUACUACAGCGACAGCCGGUGCACGUCUUUGCUCUCCAACAAGCCGUGGCACACUGUGUCUACGUGCACCAUUACAACACGGUGUCCGUCUUCUUCGAGGAGGUUGCGUCGCAGACUGGAAUUCAUGUCCCAUACCAGCAGCUCCUCUACUUGGGCUAUGAACUUCCACUAGAGGGCAGCAUGAAAGUGGUCAACCUCCCAAACACCACACGCGAGCGACCGCUCAUACUGGUCAGUCACAGGCCAGAAACCAACAGCAGCCUGCCCUUCGGGGAACCAGAGACUCCAACCAUCCCUCCCAAGUUUGAGGUCAAGGCAGACUACAACUUCUCCAAGGUGGUAGUGGGGGUGGUCCACCAGUACCUGAGGAUAGUACAACUGCUGCACUCACACCGAGAGCUGCUGCUGGAAGGAUAUUACUGCUACAUGAUGAAGUUGCGCGCCGAGUGCGGCGAAGCAAUGCAUAAUAUCUCUAAGAUCAGCAUUAGACUGAGGUCCUGCCUCAGUGUACAACACAGGACAAUCACACUAGGUCACUGCACCUUGGGAAACCUGGAUGCUGCAGAUAAGAAUGACAGAUUGCAGCAGGUCAACGAGCACCUGCCCAUGUAUGCCGCGGGCAUCCAGGAGUUUCAGAGCCGCCUUGAGCGCUUGCAGAUAGAACAGGCCAAGUUAGCAGAGGCCCAUGCCAGUGAGAAAAUGUGUCAAAGAAUGCAGGUGCUCCUCCAGAAGAUCACGUCCAUUCAUCAACUUUACCAUAAAGACAAACAUUUGGGCAGGUUGCCAUAUAACGACGAACAAAUCCAUAAGUUUGAGAAAAUCCACCUGUGCUUUCACAUCAAGCAAAUCAAAUCUCUCUUCAGAGAGGACUGUGUGCAAAGGUACAAGGAGCUGUUGGUCACCUCCGAGACAUGGAGCAGUAUUUUACUAGAAAUGCAGACCCAUCUGCAGGACUUCAGUUCCUUCUCCGCAGGCUUGUUGGCCGACCUGGAGAUAACUGAACAGCACCUCAACAAUACUCUGGACAAGGUCUUGGUCACGCUGCAGACGGGCAACGCAGGACCGAAGCAGAAGGAGACAUCAGCCAUGAACAAGGAUCAAAUGGUGUCCAGGAUGCACCACCUUAAGGAAGAAAUGGAAAUUCUUGUCCGGGAACUGCAGUGUAACAACGCCAUUAUUGAGAGUCUAGGACCAGGGAACUCUGCACCCCCUGAAGAUCCGAUCGUGGGCCGGCCUCGUACACUCUGACUGGCAGCGGGUUUAUCUCCUCACGGACAGAUGCUGGUUGGACUGCUGUGAUGCUACCAAGGACCGCCUUAGGUAGACCGCAGAACAGGAACCAAUUAAGAGAUAAGAGGCACGGUUGGGACAAAAACGCCACUUUUGUGUGUGUGUGUGUACAUGUAAGCGUGUGUGAAGAAUGAGUAAUAUAUAGAUACCGGUAAUAGACUGAGGGCCUGAUUUACUAAGAUCAAAAUACCUCCUGCUAAACAGCGUGUGCAAUCAGUAAAAUGGCGCGUACUAUCAG